GGGAAGUGCCUGCUCACACACCGGUGUCUACUGAGUUGCGCAAAACGCCAUUUUGGAGUGACUGAUAGAGAAGCAAAGAUCGAGAAGCCGACUUUCUAAGGUGAAUAUAUCAUACAUCACGUUUGUUUAACAUACAAUAAUGUAUGUUCGAGUGAACUAGAAUCUGACAAAAACGUCCCAUUUUCGAUUAUUGAAAUGACGUCACAAUUAAUCUAUAUCUGACGUUGCGGCAUGGCUAGCUAAUGAUGCUAAGUAGCGAACAUAGCCUCUUCCUUCAGGCUGACUAGUUUUGUCAUAAGAUGAGUAUCAAAUGCGUGUAAAACGAUAUGUUCGGUAAAUGUUUUGAAAUGCCUGAGAUCCCUAGUUUGUUGUUAUGGUUGUCCGCUAACUAGCUAGCUAAGAAGAUGGGCGGAUGCUUAGCAUCAUGCUAAGCUAGCUAGCUAACUAGCUAACUAGUUAGAGCUUUUUAUUUUAGCUUAACCUAGCUAACGUUAGUUGGAAGAUUGUUUUCGGCCGUCCAGUUCUCUAUCCACCGGUUACGCCUGUUACUAUUUUUAAAAAUAUUUAUUUUAAUCAUGAAAUUGUAUGAUAGUUUCUAGUAGAUCCUGAUGGGAAACAUUCAGGCUUAGUUAGCCUUGCACCGGUCAAGAAAGGCCUAGUUAACUUUAACGUAGAUUAAUUCACAAUUGCACUGUGUAUUGAAACUAGGACUUAUAUCAAUAAUAAUAAUAAUAAUAAUAAUAUAUUAUGUUGAUGAUUAUUGUCCCGGAACUCCAGCUACCGAACUCUUAAACCUGACAGGCUCAAAGCAGCUAGCUGUGGGGAGUCAGCUGACGUCAGGAUCCCGUUCAUUGUUGUCGUUUUUGAAGUCGGCUCUGACGUGUUAAAUGAACUGAAUGGCAUCCACAGCCAUACAGCUAGGUAACUAGCUAGCUAAAGUAGUAGGCUAACGUAGGCUGUUGGGUUUGGGAAUAUAUUGGUGGCUUGGAGUUAAUUCCUACAAACGUAUCUGUCCCCUGACAUUUACAUAGCUAGUUAGCUAAAUCCAUUCCAGCAUUAGAAACAUGGUUUGUACGGCCUGGAAAAGUUUUGGAUAAUGAUACAAUCCUGAAAGUUUAGGAAAAGUCAUGGAAAUUCAUUCGAAUGUCUGUUAACGUAAUUUAUUUAGCACCGUUUUUAAAUAUUGUAUCGAUCAAAUAAAAAUCAACAUAUCAGCCAGGAUCGGAAUGACACUUUUGCACGUCUGUGUUUGCCCGCAUAACCUGCAAUUGUGCGAGACAAGUGGGCCGUUACUCAAAGGAGAGAGAGAGACAGUCGGACAUUCCAGCAGCAGGUAGGCCCAUAUAUAGCCUAUAAAAUAUGAUAGAGAACAGACUAAUAACUAGGUAGCCAAUUCAAAACAUAUAUUGUACCCUGUAGUUAACUGUUUAGCUUUUAUUAGCAUGUGUUGAUGUUUUCAUUAUGUCAUGUAUCCCAAAAUGUAACACCCGACACUCGCGAAUAAGGCCAUUAAUUUAAACGAUUAUUUUUGACGAAACGAAUGAUUCACUUUACCAUUGUAUUAGUUGGGAUUCGGUUCAAUCGCGAUGAAUCGAAUGUGAAUCAAAAUAAUAAGUUGUGAAUCGCGAACUGUAAUUUUAGGACCAAAUAUUAGAUGUAGACUUUCUUUUGGAUUAUGUGGCUUCAAAACUUUUGGUAGAUACUUCCAGUUGAUUUGGGCAUCCAAUGUAUGGGACAUUGCAACUCUAUUAGGGCUGAACGAUUAAUUGCAUUCGCGAUAAUAUCGCGAUUUGACUGAACGCGAUUUUCUAAUCGCAACGUGCGCGAUUUGAGGUGGUCACGUGACGCGACUUUUCAUGCUGUCCAGCGCAAUGGCCUCUUGCUCGACGGAACAGUCAGAAACUGACACAGCUGAUACUUUAAUAUCGAAGAGGAACAGCACGUCGGUGGUGUGGAACUAUUUUGGUUUUAAAAAAGAAGAUGCUGAGCAGCGUCAGGUGUUGUGCAGAGCAUGCCGUGCUCCGAUUGCUACUUCACGGGGUAACACUACAAACCUGUUUCAGCACUUAAAAAAAUACCACAAAUCAAUGCAUGACAGUUGUAUGACCAAAAUGCCGAGCAUCAGUGCGCGAGACAAGCCAAAUACCUCAAGACAGGGAUCACUGACAGAAAUGUUCGAAAGUGUCACUCCGUAUGAACGUAAUUCAAAACGGCACGGAGAAAUCACUCGGACAAUAACCGAGUUCAUAGCCAAAGAUAUGAUGCCUCUCAGUCGCAGAGGCAGAGAUAAACAAUUACCUGAUGACUCCUACCAUUGAUGGAGAAGAUGAUCCAUUGGCUUGGUGGAGGGUGCACAAGAUCAGCUACCCACAGUUGUGCACCAUGGCACGCAAGUAUCUUUGUGUACCUGCUACAAGCGCUCCCUCAGAGCGUCUUUUUAGCACAGGAGGGAAUAUUGUGACUUGCACUCGCUCAUCCUUGAAGCCAGAAAAAGUCAAUAUUCUGGUUUUCUUAGCAAAAAACCUGUGAGCCACUGAGAACAGAACUGUUGGAUAAGUAUGGCUGGCAGUGCCAUACUCGUAGUGAACUUUAGUCUGUGUGGUGUGUUAUUGUUGUGUACUUGAGAUAAGUGAGGCUCAUCUAUUUUAUAUUAUAAUAUUCAAAUCGUUUAUAAAAAAUAGUUUGUCUAAAUUAAAAGUGCAUUUCUCAUUUUUUAUUUAUAACUUUAUUUACUUUGAUUUUACAAAAUAUUUUCAAAGCAAAUUCCUUGUUUCAGUUGUGUGAAAUGUUACUGACUUGGGAGCAGUAAGAUACAUACAAUUUAAAAUUAUUUUUUUCUUAAGACUGUACCUUUUGCACACAGUGUUUACAAAGUUCAUGCCUUUGUUUAAAUUAUUUAAAUGCACAGUGGCAAAGCCACAGAUGUUUCUGUAAUGAGCAGUUCAAUAAAAAUGUCAUUUAUUUCAAGUCAUACAUGUUUGAAUUUAAUUCUAACAAAUAGACCCAGCCUAUGGGAAAGAACAUUUCACACUAAAUGUAUAUACUAUUGUGUUGGUCAUAUUUAAAUCAUUCAUUAUGUUUUGUAGGGGAAAAAGGAUAAAUAAAUUAAAUCGCAUAUUAAAUCGCAAUCGCAAUAUUGGGGGCAAAAAAUCGCAAUUAGAUUAUUUUCCAAAAUCGUUCAGCCUUAAACUCUAUAGAUGCUAGUCAACAUGCAAAAUAUGACUAAACUAAAAUGUACAUUUCCUGAAGAAAAUGUGUGGGCUUGCUUCAGCUGAAUAAAAAUGUUUGUAUCCUACCAUAGCCAUUUGAUCUUUGAUAUAUUAAAUGAAUUAAUUAUUUCAAAAGGCAUAAAAUGUAUUUGGUUGUAAUGUUGCAAUUUUAUACAUCAAGGUUAUUUUUUAUUUUAUUUUUAGAAAUUAGCUGCUUAACCGGACCUUGAUAAACUGUCUCUGUGUUUGAGCAAAGCUUGAUCAAAAGCCUGCACACCCAGUAGCUCUCCAGACUGAGGGUUGACCACAUGUGUUUUAUAGAGUUGCCUAACAGGUAUUCUGCUUUGUGGGGUUUAAGUGCCUUGCACAAUGACAGUAGAUGGUACAUGGGAUCAGUGAGCGGCCUACCAGUGUCAAUACCACAUUACACAUACUUUUUAUUGGUCAUGGAAAUUUGGUUAAAAAUCAUGAAAUUCCAUCUGUCAAAAUGUGCAUGAACCCUGUAUAAAUCUAAACGUGUACCAUUACUGAUUUUCUUCACCUUGCAUUCCUCUUUCUCUCAGAUAAAUCACAAUGGGGAAUAUGUUUGGAAGCCUUUUCAAGGGCCUAUUUGGCAAGAAGGAGAUGAGGAUUCUCAUGGUUGGACUCGAUGCUGCCGGAAAAACAACCAUCCUGUACAAACUCAAACUAGGAGAGAUUGUUACCACCAUUCCUACAAUUGGUAAAGACAAUUUUUAUUGAAUGCAUUAGCUUAUCACAAAAAAAUGUCCACUACCACAUUAGGCUACUUAUGGAAUAUGUGCCUCUAUAACAUUCUCUGACUCGUUGUUCUUUGUCCAGGUUUUAAUGUUGAAACGGUAGAAUACAAGAACAUCAGCUUCACAGUGUGGGACGUUGGUGGUCAAGACAAAAUCAGGCCGCUGUGGCGCCACUACUUCCAGAACACUCAAGGUAAGAUUCAAAUCAAAAUCAAAUCAAGUUGUAUUUGUCACAUGCGCCGAAUACAACAGGUGUAGACCUUACCGUGAAAUGCUUACUUACAAGCCCUUAACCAACAAUGCAGUUCAAUAAAUAGAGUUAAGAAAAUAUUUACUAAAUAAAUAAAGUCCCCCCAGAAAAUCUAAAAUGAACACAAGAAAAGUACAUAACAAUAAUGAGGCUAUAUACAGGGGGUACCGGUACCGAGUCAAUGUGUGGGGGUACAGGUUAGUCGAGGUAAUUUGUAAAGUGACUAUGCAUAGAUAAUAAACAGCGAGAAUAGAUGGAGCUUUGAUGAUCGUUUGCAAUGGUGGUCCAUAGAUUGCCUUAUCAUUACAAGAACCAGGGUUGCUUGUCGGAGAACCAGUGUCAUAUUGCCAUCUGUGUACCUCUUUGCAGGGCUUAUCUUUGUGGUGGACAGCAACGACAGGGAGCGAGUGAACGAGGCGAGGGAGGAGUUGCAGAGAAUGCUCGCAGAGGACGAGCUGAGAGAUGCCGUGCUGCUCGUUUUUGCAAACAAACAGGUGAGCUUGGGUACUCGUAUCUGAAUUCUGAAAGCCUUGACUCCUUGUAGUGCACUUUGCUCCUGCUAACAAUUAUGUGAGUGGACCAUACUCAUUGACCAUGCAUACUUUAAUCAUUAUUUGAAUUGCCAAUCCCUUACACUAUCACUGGGCUUGAGUAGGAUAUUAUUAAUUGCACAGUGUUAUUACAGACAGAGGAUAAAUAAUUUGAACCCUGUUGUUUCUCAGGACCUUCCCAAUGCAAUGAAUGCUGCAGAGAUCACAGACAAGCUGGGGCUCCACGCCCUCCGCCAGCGCAGCUGGUACAUCCAGGCUACCUGUGCUACCAGCGGGGACGGCCUCUACGAGGGCCUCGACUGGCUCUCCAACCAGCUGAAGAACCAGAAAUGAUCCGUUCCACCAUUUUAGUUUUUUUCCGUCUGUCUAACACGAUGGCAGCACCGGUUCCAAGCCCCUUGCCCCCUAUAACUCCUCCCUCCCAGUCUUUCUCCAAAAACCAAUUUUUCUGUAUCAAACCUUACUCCUGGGGCUCUAGCCUGUGCUGCUUGUUUGAGUACUGUGUGUUUGCAGUCAGGUGUGUGCGUGCAUUAUGUGUGUGCGUGGUUGUGAAGGCGUCUCUGUGUCUAGCUGGGAUUAGGAGUAACCCUGGCGUGCCUUUAACACCCCUGCUGUGGAAAUAGUGGUCUGGCUCCUCGAGCGCCAUCCCACCCAACCCCACUCUCAGUCAUGCAUGAUCCCCUCUCCCCUCCUCCCCACGCCAAGCAUGGUUUUCACAAGGCAAAGAAUGAGCAGUGGUGUAAACGGUCCUCCUCUCUCUCCUUG